CCCCUUAUCCCCCCUCCCUCUCUCGUCCUCCAGUCUAACAUGAAGAGUAUGGAACGGGAGCUGCAUUGCCCGGUGUGUACUGAGAUGGUGAAGCAGCCCAUCAUCCUGCCGUGCCAGCACAGUGUGUGUCUGCUGUGUGCUGCUGAGGUGUUAAUCCAGAGAGGAUACCCUGCCCCAGACCUCCCCCCAGAGCCCAACUCCCCGGCCGCCUCCCCCAACACACGCUCCCCGCGCGGGGCACGCAGACCACCGCCCAAGACCACCGACCGCCUGGACCGCGUCCUCAGACCAGGUUUUGGGACGUACCCCGGGCGUCGUCGUAAGGACAUGUCUCCUGCCCCCAUGCUGUUCCCCUGUCCGUCCUGUCACAAGGAGGUGGAGUUGGGGGAGAGAGGACUGACCAAUUGCCUCAGGAAUCUCACAUUGGAACGCAUUGUAGAGAGGUACAGACACACAGUGAGCCUGGGCAGCGUGGCUAUAAUGUGUGGCUUCUGUAAGGCUCCUCAGUCCUUGGAGGCCACUAAGGGCUGUGCUGACUGCAGGUCCAACUUCUGCAACGAGUGUUUCAAGCUCUACCACCCCUGGGGUACUCUCCGCUCCCAACACGAACACAUACUGCCCACCAACAACUUCAGACCCAAGGUCCUAACGUGUCUGGAGCAUGAGCAGGAGAGGUUGUUGUGGUACUGUCGCUCCUGCCAGAGGCUGCUGUGUCCUGUCUGUAAGCUCCACAGAGUCCACCACGGCCACAAGGUGGCGCCCAUCGCACAGGCCUGCCAGGCACUAAAGGACAAAAUCACCAAGGAGAUCAACUACAUUCUGGCCAAUCAGGACACAGUAAAGGCUCAGAUAACUCAGCUGGAGAGUGCCAUCACACACUUGGAGUUGAACAGUGCGUUGGCGAGGGAGCAGUUGUCCCAGUCUGUGAGGGAGCUGGGGGCGUCUCUAGUGGAGCGACAGGGAGCGUUGACCCUGGCCCUGGAGGGGGCCCGGCUGAGGAGGGGGGAGGCCCUGUCGGCCCAGGUGUCUGAGAGGAGGGGUCUGCAGGAGCACGGCGGUUUAAUGGCCUACACACAGGAGCUGCUCAAAGAGACCGACCAACCCUGCUUCGUACAGGCCGCACGAAUCACCCACAACAGGCUGGUGAAAGCCAUAGAGAAUCUGCAGUGUUUCUCUCUCUCGGCUGAUCCCUCCUUCAGACACUUCCACAUGGACGCCUCCAGAGAAGUGAAACUCAUCAGCAGCAUGGGAUACAUAAGAGCCCCAUUGGCUCCUGUGAUUGACACUCAGCGCACGCUGGCCUAUGACCAGCUGUUCCUGUGCUGGCGACUCCCCCAGGACUCCGCCCCUGCCUGGCACUUCUCCGUGGAGUUCCAGCGGCGAAUGGGAUUGACCGAGGCAGGCUGGGGAGGAGAGGUCAGGAGCCCCAAUGCUCCACUGGUGUGGCAACGCCUGGAGGAGGUGGGCGGGACUAGUGCUGUGAUUGACAGGCUGGAGAUGGACAGUGUGUAUGUGUUAAGGGUGAAAGGAAGCAAUAAGGCGGGGUUUGGAGAGUACAGCGAAGAGGUUUACCUGCACACACCACCCGCACCAGUGUUGUGUUUCUCUCUGGACUCUCGCUGGGGUUUGCAUGCUGACCGACUGGCUCUGGGUAAAGGACAGACGUAUGCCCGCAGCGUGCCCGGCCUCUCCCUUCUGCAGGCCGCUGACCGCUCCCUCACUUCCUGUCACCUGACCUCUGACCUCCUCAUAGGCGACCUGGCCAUCACCCAGGGAAGGCACUACUGGGCAUGCUCGGUGGAGCCCGGCUCCUACCUGGUCAAGGUGGGAGUUGGACAGGAGGCCAAGCUCCAGGAGUGGUUCCACCUUCCCCAGGACAUGGCCAGCCCCCGCUAUGACCCAGACAGUGGCCAUGACAGUGGGGCUGACGAUUCCCCAGACUCCUCCCCUCCCUUUUGCUUCCUCACCAUGGGCAUGGGCAAGGUCCUCUUACCCCAGGGGGCAGCAAACUUACACCACAGUACCCACAGUACCCAUGGAAACAACCAUGGCCCUCCUACUGCCCCCCUGCCCCCACGCCUGGGGGUUUGUCUGGACUUCGAAAAGGGGCGGGUCACGUUCUACGACGCCCACUCGCUGCGUACCCUGUGGGAGGGGCAUGUGGAUUGCUCUGCCCCUGUGUGCCCGGCCUUUUGUUUCAUUGGUGGAGGGGCACUGCAGCUGCAGGAGCUGGUGGCCAAUCGGAGCACAGAGGAGCCACUGCACAGAAGGGUCACCAUCCAAUCACGCGCCACCAAUUUAGGUAACUGAAGAAGUAUGGAGUGGAAUGAUUUGGAAAGACCCUUCAUCAACUUGAUGUUUACUUGUUUAUGUUUAGGUUUCAUUUGUAAUGCCUGCAACUGUUGAUGAUGUACAUUUUGCAGAAUAGAAGAAUGUCAAUGUCCCGGAAUCCAGGGGAUUAUAAAGCGUUCUGCAGGUUACAUCAGGAUACGUGUAUUCUGUGAUUCCAACUGUUGCUGUGUUGCAUCUGACAAGGACUCAUGAGUGGGACGUUAACUGUUAAAGGACUCAUGAGUGGGAUGUUAACUGGUAAUUGACUCGUGAGUGGGAUGUUAACUUUAAAAGGACUCAUGAGUUGGAUGUUAACUGUUAAAAGACUCAUGAGUGUGACGUUAACUGUUAAAUGACACAUGAGUGGGACGUUUACUGUUAAAUGACUCAUGAGUGGGACGUUAACUGUUAAAUGACUCAUGAGUGGGACGUUUACUGUUAAAUGACUCAUGAGUGGGACUUUAACUGUUAAAUGACUCAUGAGUGGGACGUUUACUGUUAAAUGACUCAUGAGUGGGACGAUAACUGUUAAAUGACUCAUGAGUGGGACGUUAACUGGUAAUUGACUCAUGAGUGGGAUGUUAACUUUUAAAGGACUCAUGAGUUGGAUGUUAACCGUUAAAGGACUCAUGAGUGGGACGUUAACUGUUAAAUGACACAUGAGUGGGACGUUAACUGUUAAAUGACUCAUGAGUGGAACGUUAACUGUUAAAUGACUCAUGAGUGGGACGUUAACUGUUAAAUGACUCAUGAGUGGGAUGUUAACUGGUAAAUGACUCAUGAGUGGAACGUUAACUGUUAAAUGACUCAUGAGUGGGACGUUAACUGGUAAAUGACUCAUGAGUGGGACGUUAACUGUUAAAUGACUCAUGAGUGGGACGUUAACUGGUAUUUGACUCAUGAGUGGGACGUUAACUGUUAAAUGACUCAUGAGUGGGACGUUAACUGGUAAAUGACUCAUGAGUGGGACGUUAACUGGUAAAUGACUCAUGAGUGGGACGUUAACUGGUAAAUGACUCAUGCGUGGGACGUUAACUGUUAAAUGACUCAUGAGUGGGACGUUAACUGGUAAAUGACUCAUGAGUGGGACGUUAGCUGUUAAAUGACUCAUGAGUGGGAUGUUAACUGUUAACUGUUAAAUGACUCAUGAGUGGGAUGUUACAUGUUAAAUGACUCAUGAGUGGGCGUUAUCUGUUAGGACUCAUGCUACCUGCACUUCACAUAGAUCUUAUUGUUUGAAACCAAAAUGCUCACAAGAUUCUCUCAUAAGCUUCAAACAUGUAUUACAAAUCAAGAGGGUAUACAUAUCUAGUCUAUAGUUUGAGACAAAAUAGAGAUGAAUGGGAUUUACACAUUAUGGAUAGAAAGGAUUUUGCGUAAAUCAUGUGUUGAUGUCAAUGGGAAGAUUUAGGAUGUGUGUGUGUUCACCGGAAUUAAAAUGAUUAUACUUAUUUUAUCAUUCUCAUCUGAGCUGGCUGAAUAUUUAUACUGUUUUAUAGCUUUUUAUUCAUAGCUUUUAUGAUUAUUAUGACUGGCAAUAAUACAUUUUUACUCAACAGAUUAUUACUAAAAAGAUAGAUCUUACAGGGUCGAGGCUCAGACUGUCAGUAUUCAUACAGUAUAUUGAGUGUGUGUGUGUGAGUGUGUAUUUUUACUUGAAUGCAUGUGUGUACGUGUGUGUGUGAGAGAGAGAGACAAAGAGAGAGGGAGAUAUAUAUACA